AAAAGUUCUCAGUUAUCUUCACCUUUUUGCAACCACUUGAACCAAAAAAGAAAAAGAGAGAAACUGUUCAGCUUCUUGAGAAAAUAACAAUUGUGUGUAAAGUAUCUAUGUACGUACAGGAAGGAGGGAGAUAUAUAUUUAAAUGGUGGCAUGCCUUGUCGGCCAUUAGAGCUUCAAAGAAUGGAGCUACGACCCGUCUCUUUGAUUCAACCGUAGAUCCCCUUCUCAUUAUCUUUUUCAUUGAUUCUCAGUAUCUUUAAUAUAAUUUACACUUACCCAUAACGGACUUCUCUCUCUCUGCCUCUUUUUCUCUUUAUUAUGUUGAGGGAGAUCUUCAUGGGUUGGGGAAAAAAAAAAGGCCAAGUAGAUUCCUGCGUCCUUUUGGCGGUUUUCAGAUCUUAUUUUUGGUUUGAAGUGAAGUGGGUUUUUCUUGUACUUGCUGCUGAUUCAUGAAUUCCCUUGUUCUUUCUUUCUGCUUUCAUGGAGUUGGUCUGAAUGUUGCUGCUAUUAAUUAUUAUCUCUUCUUUGAUGGAUGAGUGCUUUUUCCAGAUUCAAGAUUUUAUCAGAUUGUGUGAUGAAUUUGAUGGAACCAAGGGUCACUAAAAUGUUGAGGAAUUUAAAGUUAGGAAGAUUUUUGGAUCUUGGAUUUGCAGGGUUCAUUCUUGUUGCUAUACUUUUGCUCCAUACUUCAGAGGGUUUAAAUCAUGAGGGGCAAUGCCUAUUAGAGCUGAAGAAUGGCCUCCAUGAUGAAUUCAACUAUCUGGAGAACUGGAAGUCUACUGAUGACACACCUUGUAGGUGGAUAGGUGUGAAUUGCACUUCAGGUUAUGAUCCGGUGGUCGUGUCUCUUAAUUUGAGUUCCAUGAAUCUGUCUGGAACACUGAGCCCCAGCAUUGGUUGUCUGAUCAACUUAAUAUAUCUGGACCUUGGUGACAAUGAGUUAACUGGAAGCAUGCCUAAGGAGAUUGGAAACUGUUCCGUGUUGGCAUUCCUUUAUUUGAACGAUAAUCAAUUCAGUGGGACCAUUCCUGCUGAAUUGGGUAGACUGUUCUAUCUGAAAAGUUUGGAUAUCUGCAAUAAUAAAAUAUCUGGUUCUCUUCCAGAGGAGCUUGGCGACUUAUAUCACCUGGAUGAGUUUAUGGCAUUCACCAACAAAUUGACUGGUCCACUGCCACGUUCGAUAGGAAAUCUGAAGAAUCUGAGAGUAUUACGAGCGGGACAGAAUGCAUUCUCUGGUAGCCUCCCUGCAGAAAUUGGAGGGUGUCAAAGCUUGGAAGUACUUGGUCUUGCCCAGAAUGUUAUUGGAGGGCAAAUUCCCAAGGAAAUUGGUGUACUGGGGAGCUUGAAAGAUUUUAUUAUGUGGGAUAACAAAUUGUCAGGUUUUAUCCCUGAGGAGCUUGGAAAUUGCUCUCAUCUGGAGACCCUUGCAUUAUAUGGAAAUUGUCUGGUGGGACAAAUACCAGCAGAACUUGGGAAUCUCAAGUUUCUGAAGAAGUUAUACCUAUAUAGAAAUAAGUUGAAUGGAACCAUUCCAAAGGAAAUUGGAAAUCUAUCUAUGACAACAGAAAUUGAUUUAUCAGAGAAUUAUUUAACUGGUGAAAUUCCAAUUGAGUUGGGCAAGAUAAGAGGUUUAAAAUUGUUGUAUCUGUUCCAGAACCAGCUCACUGGGAUUAUACCAAACGAGUUUAGUAACUUGAGGAACUUAACAAAGAUUGACCUCUCCAUCAAUUUUUUGACAGGCCCUAUUCCAUUUGGUUUUGAAUAUUUGACAGAAAUGCGUCAGUUGCAGCUUUUUGACAACUCUCUGAGUGGCAGCAUUCCUCGGAGGCUCGGACUACAUAGUCCACUUUGGGUGGUUGAUUUUUCAAAUAAUCACCUUUCUGGAAAAAUACCUCCUUAUCUUUGUAGGCAUUCGAACCUAAUUUUGUUGAACCUUGGUUCUAAUAACCUGUAUGGAAAUAUUCCAACUGGGGUCAUGAAUUGCAAAACAUUGAUACAACUCCGUCUGGUAGCAAAUAGGCUUACUGGUAGCUUUCCUGCAGAACUGUGCAAAUUAGUGAACCUUUCUGCUAUUGACUUGGACCAGAAUGAGUUCAGUGGACCAAUUCCUCCAGAGAUAGGGAACUGCCAAAAAUUGCAAAGGCUUCAUGCUGCAGCAAAUUAUUUUACAUCUGAGCUGCCUAGGGAAAUUGGUAAUCUGUCUCAACUGGUGAUCUUCAAUAUCUCAUCGAAUUUUCUUACUGGGAGGAUUCCGUCUCAAAUUGUUAAAUGCAAGAAACUUCAACGACUUGAUUUCAGCCGGAAUAACUUUGUUAAUGCUUUGCCAGAUGAACUUGGAAACCUUAUGCAACUUGAACUUCUCAAGCUUUCUGAAAAUAAAUUCUCGGGGAAGAUACCUGCAAGUAUAGGAAACCUUUCUCGUUUGACUGAGCUACAAAUGGGGGGAAAUUUACUUUCUGGUGAUAUACCUCCAGAAUUAGGUGCUCUUUCAAGCUUGCAGAUUGCAAUGAAUCUCAGCAAUAAUAACUUUUCUGGGAGUAUACCACCCCAUCUUGGAAAUCUUAACGUACUUGAACUCCUCCUGCUUAAUAACAACCAUUUGAGUGGUGAAAUUCCCAGCUCAUUUGAAAAUCUUUCGAGCUUAUUGGGCUGCAAUUUCUCUUAUAAUGACCUUACUGGUCCUUUACCCUCCAUUCCGCUAUUCCAGAAUAUGGCUACUAGUAGCUUUAUUGGAAAUAAAGGGUUUUGUGGUAGGCCUCUUCCCAGUUGCAGUGCAGAUACAUCUUCUCCCUCACUUUCAUCAUUGGAAGGCGUGAAUGCUCCUACAGGUAGAAUCAUAACAAUAGCUGCUGCUACAACAGGUGGUGUCUCUUUUAUUCUAAUAAUUAUUAUCCUAUAUUUCAUAAGACGUCCUGUUGAGACAGUUCCUUCGUUGCAAGAUAAUGGGGUACCGUCCCUUGAUUCGGACAUAUACUUCCCUCCAAAGGAAGGGUUCACUUUCCAAGAUAUAGUUGAGGCCACGAACAAUUUUGAUGAUAGCUAUGUUGUUGGAAGGGGUGCGUGUGGAACAGUAUACAAGGCAACCAUGUAUUCUGGGAAAACGGUUGCUGUUAAAAGGUUAGCAUCUAAUAGGGAGGGUAACAACAUUGAGAACAGUUUCCGAGCUGAGAUUUUAACCCUUGGAAAGAUCAGGCAUCGCAAUAUUGUGAAGCUUUAUGGUUUUUGCUAUCACCGUGGCUCUAAUCUUCUUAUCUAUGAAUAUAUGGAAAGGGGAAGCUUGGGAGAAUUGCUUCAUGGGGCCUCUAGUGUCUUAGAGUGGCCAAUCCGCUUCAUGAUUGCUCUUGGAGCUGCUGAAGGUCUUGCUUAUUUACAUCAUGAUUGCAAGCCGAGGAUUAUUCACCGCGACAUUAAGUCCAACAAUAUUCUACUUGAUGAAAACUUUGAAGCCCAUGUCGGUGAUUUUGGCUUGGCAAAAGUGAUUGAUAUGCCUCAGUCUAAAUCAAUGUCAGCUAUUGCAGGAUCAUAUGGAUAUAUUGCUCCCGAAUAUGCCUACACUAUGAAGGUUACCGAAAAAUGUGACAUUUAUAGCUAUGGGGUAGUUCUAUUGGAGUUGCUUACUGGUAGAACGCCUGUACAGCAUCUGGAUCAAGGAGGCGAUCUUGUCACAUGGAUGAGACAUUAUAUUCGAAGCCAUUCAUUCACAUAUAAGAUUUUUGAUGAACGAUUGAAUCUUGAAGAUAAAAAUAUGGUUAAUCACAUGAUUGCUGUCUUAAAAAUUGCUAUAAUGUGCACAAGUCUAUCACCCACAAAGCGACCUUCAAUGCGGGAAGUUGUGUCUAUGCUUAUUGAAUCUAGUGAAGGAGAAGGAGAAGGAGAGUAUGUUUUACCAAUAACUUACGAUCUUCCUUUGAAGGAUACCUCAUGAAAGUAUGUGACAAUUUUCCAGCUUUGUUUUUUAACUGAGAUUAUUUCUUUUCACACUGAUUCUGCACGUUAUUUGUGUAAGGCCUUCUGUACAUCUUUCUUAGAAGAAAGUACAUACUGCACAUUUCUGUGAUUACAUUACGGGAGUAAUUGAUUUUACUCCCUGAAUCUGUAUUUCAUUUUGUUUUAAACAGUACAGGAAAUUGUAUACAGUUGACAGUUAGUACAAUUUAUAUACAUGUAUAUAUAUCUCAAAGGU